AUGCCAAUAUUAGGGUUUGGGGGAGAAGAUGACGAGUCUACAACUUCUUCUCCCACACAGACUACCCGAGAGGAUGACGAUGACAAGACAUCUUCUCAACGAACGACCAGUAAACCCACUAGCACUGGCUCAAAAGAUGAAGACGGAGACGACGAGCCUACCACCACCUCUAAACCCACAUCCACUGCCAAGAAAAAUGAGGACGAGGAAGAUAAACCGACGACUAGUACUAAACGUAAAGAGUUAGAUGAUGAGACAUCUACAUCGUCAAGUAAGACAAAGACCAAGACUAGUACAGAUGAAAGUGCUUCUACUGGAGUGAUGAGCGUUGCCAACGCGUGUAUAAAGAAUGGAACGGAUAGUGAUGAGUGUUUGGAUGGGUAUCAGCAGAAUUCGGGAUUGAUAAUAUUCUGUGCAAUAGCGGGGGCUUUGGUCAUUAUCGGAUUGAUAUAUUGGUUGAUCAAACGAAGUAAGAGGAGAGCAAAGUUGGAGGGGAUGAUAAGUAAAGCAUAG